UGCCGCCGCCGGCGAGUUCCCGCUAGCUAUAAACCCGGGUACACGGUGUCCAAAGCUCUACGAGCCGGACAAUGUGUCUUUUUUUUGUAAAUAAACCGCUGAAUAUCUCAGUCCACGCUAUCUGACAUUUUUCGGUUUCUAUUGAUGGUGUUUUUAACCAUUUUCGGUGAAUCGUCGGACAGGUGAAGUUGCUCGGUCCUCAUGUUGCGGGGUUACGAUGGACAAUCAGUGGGUAAACACGUGGUGAACUGGUCUUUAAGGCGAGUCAGAGAUCAACGGGAGAGAUUAGGGGGACUCGGGAUGGCUUGAGUGGUUCCGGGAAAUUGUAAUUUUUUUGAUGAAAUCUCGUGAUUCGGGAGGCGAGUGGUGAUGGGGAGAAUUAAGAGGGUUUUAUUCGUGGAUUUUUAUGAAAAGUGGAGGAACGGAUUUUCGGGGCACUGUGCCGACGGUGACUGAAGCAUCGGGCUCCUGGAAUAUGCAAAAUGGCAACGAGCAUAUGAUGUAGAGGCGCCAGUUUUCUCCGUGAUGCUGAAGGAAGUCGGUUGCGGUAGUAGUACACCCCCACCCGGGGACGUGACAGCUGGUCGUCGAGAGAAUCAGGGGGAUUCGGGGAAUUCCGAGGGUGGACUCGCCUGCGGGGGCUGCGGUCGGGAUAUCACGGAGAGAUGGUACCUCAGGGCUGCUGAUCGCGCCUGGCACUGCGGAUGUCUUCGGUGCUGUCAUUGCCGCGUGCCUCUCGCUGCGGAACUCACUUGCUUCUCGAGGGAUGGAAAUAUUUACUGCAAGGAGGAUUAUUAUCGGCUCUUUGCUGUUUCGAGAUGCUCAAGAUGUCGGGCUGGAAUAUCUGCAUCGGAACUGGUGAUGAGAGCGAGGGAAUUCGUCUAUCACGUGGCUUGCUUUGUCUGCGCGUCUUGUGGAGUUCCGUUGAAUAAGGGCGAUCACUUUGGACAGAGAGAUGGUCUUGUCUAUUGCAGGCCUCACUACGAAUUGAUCUGCUGCACCGCAGACUACGGCAGCACUCCUGGGAGCGUUGAGGACCUCGGCUCCCCAGGAGUCUCGCCCCUGCCGUCCUACUACAGCGCACCCGAGCAGAGCCCCGUAACCUCAGUGGGUUCAGCCCAAAAGGGUCGUCCAAGAAAGCGAAAACUGUCCGAAGUCACUGGAUCCGAGAUGCCAGUGACCAUGAGACUAGCAUCAAGCGCCCUCGAACUGCUGCAUCCGAAUGAACUGUCGUCAUCCAUGGAGUCGUUGACUGCUUAUGACACGUCGGUGGGCUCGCCAGGACCGGUGCAUCAGAGCCAGAGGACGAAACGGAUGAGAACGAGCUUCAAGCAUCAUCAACUGAGAACUAUGAAAAGCUAUUUUGCUAUUAAUCAGAAUCCUGAUGCUAAGGAUCUCAAGCAACUGGCGCAGAAGACGGGGCUGUCCAAGCGCGUGCUUCAGGUCUGGUUCCAAAAUGCACGAGCCAAAUGGCGUCGCAACAUGAUGCGUCAGGAGGGUAACCACGGAGUAAGCAACGUGGGUUGUCCAGGCACUCCAGUCUCCUCAUCCACCGCUAAUUCCCCCAAUAUCGGACCAAACUCCGCAUUCCUGGGCGACAGCAACAGCCAGCCCUCAACUUCCAUGGAGGAGAUACACGCACUCCAUCAUCUUCACUCUGGUGUCUCAUCGCAAGUAUCAUUCUCGGAUCUCUAUUGACAACGAAUCGAGGAGGAGGACGGCUUCUCUUCCGGAUACCAUGGAUGACUCAGAGAAUGAUUAUUAAUCCAAGAAAAGACUUACGGUGCUACGUAUUUCUGAUUUGAUCUCAAUCAUUCCUCCUGUAAACUUUGUGAGACUAGUUGAUGUGCGUAAGAAAUUGAGGAAAUUGAGGUCAAGUGAAAACCCCACUAGUCACUAGGAGAUAAUACACCAGUUGAUUCCGUUGCAAUUUAUUCGUUUAGACGUAAUACACGAUAAUAAUCGUAGUUCCAUGGCAGACCCAAAUUAUCAAAGUGGUUAGACAAUAGUUUUGAAAGUGUGUCGACAGUGAGUGAUUGAAAGGGUAACGUUUGCAAUAAUCAUGACCAUUGCUUUUUCAUUUCCACCAACGAAUCCAAAUUUUUCAAAUUCAUUCUGUCCUCAUCGUGUUAUUUCCAACGUCACAAUGAUGUCCACUGGGAUGAAUCAGUAUAAUUAAAUCUCAUUGUAAAUUGAAUCGAAAAACAAGAUAUGUAAAAUGUGUGAUGUAUAGAUAAAUAAUUAUGGUACUUCAA